AACUUUCCUUUUGUGUUUGUCUCUCCAACCAAACACUUCCCAGGUCACCACAUGAAUAUAAUCACCUCCACUCACUCCAGAACCUUCCAUUGUUUCAGUCUUUCAAAAUUAGCCCAACAUUUAAUCUUUAAUUUUAGUUUUUAAUUUCUAAAAUAUUCUGUUUAUUUCUUUUUUCUGUGUUUCGAUGGGAGCUGUGACCUCCUCCAUGGCGGCGAAGUUUGCGUUCUUUCCGCCGGAUCCGCCGUCGUACACGGUGGCGGAGGAGGCGGAUGGGAGGGCGAAGAUGGUGGAGGUGGCGACGAGGGAAAACGUCGACGUUUUGAAGGUGCGCACGGAGAGAGGGAACAGUGUUGUGGCGAUGUAUAUUAAGAACCCGACGGCUUCGUUGACUUUGCUUUACUCGCACGGUAACGCCGCUGAUCUGGGUCAGAUGUACGAGUUGUUCAGCGAACUGAGUCUCCACCUCCGAGUUAACCUCAUGGGUUAUGACUAUUCUGGAUAUGGACAGUCAUCUGGGAAGCCUAGUGAGCAGAACACUUAUGCAGAUAUAGAAGCUGUUUAUAAAUGCCUGCAGGAGAAGUAUGGGGCAAAAGAGGAAGAUAUUGUUCUGUAUGGUCAAUCUGUUGGUAGUGGACCAACUAUAGAUUUGGCUUCUCGUUUACCAAACCUUAGGGCUGUGAUUCUCCACAGUCCAAUCUUAUCAGGCCUUCGUGUCAUGUAUCCUGUGAAGCGCACAUACUGGUUUGACAUUUACAAGAACAUAGAUAAAAUUCCCUUGGUGAAUUGUCCAGUUCUUGUGAUUCACGGAACAGCUGAUGAUGUAGUGGAUUGCUCCCACGGGAAGCAACUUUGGGAAAAUUGUAAACAGAAGUAUGAACCCUUGUGGAUUAAAGGAGGAAACCACUGUGAUUUGGAACUUUACCCUCAAUAUAUAAAGCACCUCAAGAAAUUCGUUACAGUCAUCGAGAAGUCACUACAUCAAAAAACAGGAUCUGGUCAUAUUCCUGAUCCACAGGACAAACCAAGGAACAGCAUAGAUUUUCGGGAGAAAUCCAGGCCGAGCAUGGAUCUUAGGGAGAAUUUGAGGAGUGUUGAUCAGAAAGAAAAGCCUGGUGCAAGCACAGUCACUGACCAUAAAGAGAAGUCAAGAGCCAGCAUAGAUAGGAGAGAUAAAUCAAGAAAGAGUAUUGAUCGCCCUGAGAAGGCAUAUCAUGGAGCAGAUAUACCUGAAAAAGCUAGAAAUAGUAUUGACCGCUUUGGGGAGAUGGUGAGAUCUGUUGGAUUGUGCAACAUUGAUUGUUUCAGGCCCACAGCCACUCAUGCAUAAAGAAGAUGGUGGAGCGUAUGCAGAGCUUGUAUUUUUCUCAUUAAUUAUUUGAUUGGCUGCCUUUGCCAAGGUCUGUGCCCUUGCCUUGGAAAGAGGUAGCCUACCCUGGCCUUUAACUUUUUCUCUUUCCCAAUAUAUAUAUGAUUGGUUGGUGGGUUAUCUGGGGUUAGGUAAAUGUUUCAUUGUGUCUGAUUGAUAGGAAAGUAAUUUAACCAAGUAGAUCAUGUAGCCCAAAAAUCACCUCCGAGUUCAACUUAAUAAUCUAACCUUUGUGGACGUGCUAACAUAGAUGCAUUGAGUUUGAUUCUAUUCUUGGCUUAUGGCUC